CUGAGCCACAGCGCUGGAAGCUGCGAUAGCGUAUAAAAUGUGGGACCAAUUAACGCGUAUCUUCUUCAAAAACGCGUCUCUCAACCGCGGGGUCCUGCAUCUACAAACCAACAACUACAAACUCAAUUCGCUCUAUUCUUAUCUUCUCUCCUCAAACUUACGAGAACAUACCUUUUCAUACCAAGGCACGGACUUUCACCUCAUACUUAUUAAGCACCAGAAAAAUAAAACCUAAAGGAAAAGGAGAGUACGAAGUGAAGAGAAACAUACAUCCACAUCCGUCACAAUGGACGAAGACGACAUACCUCGCCAAUACGACGACAGCAACCGCGCCUUCCUCCAAGCCUUCAUGGCCCGCGGCACCCUAACAUUCAAGCAAGCCCAACCAAUCCUCGCCGCGAUCUUCACCGCAGCGGAGACAACCGCGUUCGCCCGCCGCGCCCGCGAGGACCCGGAUAACCCCGAGCCGAUCCCCACGACCGCCAACCAAGUCACCCGCGAUGACUUCGACUCGUACGUGUCGGCGGCGUCCGAAGCCGCUAGUGCGUUUGACUAUGAGAUCCGCAGCGCGACGCAUCAGGCGACAAAGGAACGCGUUUACGCGCUGGUCAAUGUGGCGGGGGAUCCGCUGACGCAGAUGGCGACACUGCGGACGCCGGAGGAAAACGCGUUUGUGAAGAGGGUUGUUGAUGCGAUGUUUGAGCGGUAUAAUUCCCCCCGUUUGGAGAUGUGCUGUUUGGAUGGGAUGCAGGCGAAUAAACUGCGCACGGCGCCUAGGGAGGUGGAGGAGAAUGGUGGUGAGGGGGGAAAUGAGAAUGGGGAUGGGAAUGGGGAGGGUGCGUCGAUGGUUGUGGGGGGCACGAGGGGGUUGAAGAGUAGUGAGGUGGAGAAUGUGAUGCGGAAUAUGGUCGACGAGGGCUGGUUCGAACGGAGUCCUAAGGGGUUCUAUUCGCUGGCCCCAAGAGCGCUGAUUGAACUCCGCGCUUGGCUUGUCGAUGCGUAUAACGACCCCGAUGCGGAGCCGGACGAGUGGCAGCGCGUUAAGUUCUGCGAGGCGUGUCGUGAGAUCGUGACGGUGGGGCAGAGGUGCGCUGAGCGCGAUUGUAAUGUCAGAUUACAUGAUAUCUGCCAGGAUGCGUUUUGGCGCAUGCGUGGCGAGCGGAAGUGUCCUAAGUGUAGUAAGGAGUGGAAUGUCUGCCGUGCUGGUGGGUGGCGAGCUAUGAGCUAUUGUUUUACUUCUACGUCGGCUUUGAUUUGACUGGGAUGGAGGAAAAAGAAAUGGAAAUUAGAAUAAAAGGAUAGGGGUUUGGUAGGAAAAGGAGCUAGAUACCCUCGGGGGUAAUGUGAAUGGUUCCCCUGAAAUACAUAGAUUUAUUGAUUAUACGUCUACAC